AUGUUACAAGCGUCGAAAUCACCUUUCUCCUCAAUAACACCAAGAAGGCGACAAUUUCCUGACGAUAGAGUAGAGGCACUUAUCACUCAACUUUUCAAAAGUACUGCCAAAGGAAAGACGCAUAAGACUGCCAAAGCAGCCGAAUGGCUGCAAUUCAUGGAACACAUCAAUCCUUCCAUGUUUGUUCUUACUGACCGACAACUUGUUCACUUGUCACGAUUCGCCAUUGCAAACCAAGAGGUUGACAUGACAAUCGCAGAGUUCAACCGCUUGAUACACCAAGUGAAAAAGGAAGUCCCGAGCACCAUCUACGACCAACGCACAGAUAGUGCAGAAUUAGACAGCGACCAGGACAUCGAAACUGAUAAUGACAAUAUGAAUGAUGAAGAGGAAGAGGAAGAAGAAGUAGAAGAUCCUACACAAUAUGAGCCUUACUAUGUAGAAAAUGAUCAACAAAAACAAAAACAACAACGCAAAAGUAAUAGAGCUUUACUACAUUCGUUUCAAAAUCGACAUGAUCUUUUUCAGCCUUUGGAUGCUACAAGGGCCUUCUCCUCUGCAGGCGCUUCAAGUCUUUUUGAGGAUAAAGAAAGUUUGAAUCAUCCUGAUUCAGCUAACUUCCUGUUACCAGUGCGACGACAGAGUAAAGAACCCGAAUUUGAUUAUGAGCAGUUGACUGAAUUGAAUUUGCUAAAAAGGGACAAAGCUGAAUUAACAACUCGUUUACAAGAGUUUAAUAAGAGAGUGGGCCAGAUGGAAUUAGAAGUGGAACAGCAAAAAAUACUUUCGAACGAACUAAAGCAAAAAGAAUUUGAGCAUCUCAAAAAAUUGAAAGAAUUACAAGAGCUGGUUGAGGAAUAUAAAGCAAAAAGUAUGAUAGCAGAGAGGCAGCUUCAAGAAAAAGACGAAGAGAUCAAUAAGUUAAAGACGGCAUUAGGAAAUACUGAAGCAGGCGAAUUGUUUGAUGAAACCAAAAUGCUUUAUGAAGAGCUUCAAAAGGAAAUGGAGUCUCAAAAAGAUCUGAAGAAGCAGUUAGAGUCGCUCAAAGAAGCAAACACUGAACUGGAAUCAAAAUUACUAGAGCAAGAACAAAAUUCCGCUAAAAUUUCCAAGGCUGCUGAGGAAGAGAUAGCUCGCUUAAAAAAGACGAAUGAAGACCUGACGAAAGAAGUGCAUGCUACUAAAUCGAAAGCAAUUGCACAGGAAGCUCAUUUGAAUGAUAUUAUACGACAACAGGGGGAACGAUCCGUGGCAGUAAAAGCAAAGGCUGAUCAAGAGUUCCAACAGUUACAAGAACAAUUAUCUGAUCUCAAUAUGCUUCAACAAAAAUAUGGCGAACAAAGCAAAGCCUUAGAGGCAGUAGAAGAACAACGCAUUGCUGAAAUCAGGCAGCUUGAAGAAGAAUUGGAGGACGCAAAGAAACUAUUGACCGGCACCAAAAAGACGGCAACUCAAAAUGUACUCUCUUGGCUCUCUUGGGUGUUGAUGUUUUUCCUAUGUUAUGUAGUCUCUCAAAUUAGCGUUUACGUACAAGUGAACCAAACACGCCCCGGUGCGUAUACUGCUCCGUUCCAGUUCAUGGAUACUAUCUGUGAGUGGUUAUUGGCAGAAGACUUUGUGCCUUCAGUUAAUACAUAG